GACAGGUGACAGUGUAUGUCAACAUCGUAUAGAUUACUAUACUUUUUUUACGUUACUGGUAAUGUGGUAAUUAUGGCGAAGUUUGCCAGAUAGAUGUGAAGUAUCGUAUAAAGAAUAUCAUUGACUAUUUUAUGAAAUAAUUUUUAUUCAGCCAUACCUGAAAGUACAAUAAUAGACUUGGCUGGAACCUGCAGCCUGAUUAAAUAAAUAGUAUUGUCUAUCUCUUGAACUGCUCUACCAGCAGUAACCCAACUUCUCUUUCGUCCGGCGCAAAUAGAUUAAAUCAAAUUCAAGAAAAUUUUUUGGUGUUUUAUUAAGAGUCUUAGAUACAUAACCUUAAGCGUUAUAUAAAAACAUGGAGGGGCAACAAUUUUGUUUACGAUGGCACAAUUUUCAAAACACAUUAUUGAGUUCUCUUCCUAAAUUGCUUGAUGGUGGUUAUUUAACAGAUGUUACAUUAAGUGCUGGUGGUAGGCACAUACAUGCACAUAAAAUUAUUCUUUCUGCUUGUAGUUAUUAUUUUAAAGAAUUAUUUAAGGACUUAAGUUCUUUGCAACAUCCUGUAAUUGUAUUACCAGGAAUGGAAUAUGCAAAUUUAUGUGCACUUGUUACAUUUAUGUAUAAUGGUGAAGUGAAUAUUUAUCAAGAACAAUUACCUGCACUUUUGGCUAUGGCAGAUACCUUACAUAUUCGUGGAUUAGCUGAUAUAGCUGGGAAAAAUUCGAGACAUGAUAAUGGUUUAUAUGUUCAACCUACACCAGUACAGCUACAAGAAAAAGUAUUAGCCGAAACAUCAAUAAAAAAAGAAAAUAAAGACAAUACUGCAAGUGGUGGCGAAUCUUUAGAAACUGUUCUAGAAACAGAAACAACUGAAAAUGUAGAGGAAACCUUUAAUGAUCAAGAAAGUAUACCUUAUUGCGUGAAGACUAAACCUUAUUACUCUAUUAAUGCGAAAUUAAAUACAAGAGAAAAAAUUAGUAUUCCUUCCAUUAAUGCUUCCACCAAUAAAUAUGUUGAGAAAACAUAUUCGGAAAGUGGAAUAGAUGAGAGUACACCUGCUUUAGAAGAUCAAAUUACUCCAAUAGAAGAUACAAAACCUCCUCCUGUUUGGGAUGCGAAUUUUAAAUUUCUUACCAGCUCUGUGAGCGGUAAAAGUUCUCAGAAUUAUAAUAAAUCUAGUGUUACUUGUCUUAUUUGCGGAAAGCAAUUAAGUAAUCAAUAUAACUUGCGAGUACAUAUGGAAACUCAUAGUAAUAGUUCAUAUAGUUGCACAGCUUGUUCACAUGUAUCAAGAUCACGAGAUGCCCUUAGAAAACACGUUUCUUAUAGACAUCCAGUGGCCUCGCCACAAAAACGUUCACGUUAUAGUACACCGAAAUCAUAAAAAUUGGUAUCUUUAUCCUUGAUUUAUAUCUUUGUUUUAGGAUUAGGAUUUAUUUAAAACAUAAAUCUUUUGUGUUAUUUAAUGUCCUAAAUAAUUUACGUAUUAUUGAUCUAAGUAAAUGCGUAUUGAUUAAAAAAAAAAACAAAACAAAAAAAAA